AUGCUUGAUAUGGCUACUUCUAACCUUCCAAAUUUGUCAUCUUCACGUAAUGGUGCCUCUUCCCCCAUUUUUGACUCCUCUGGAUCAGAUGGUUUGGUUGUUAACCAAACGGGAAAUAAUUUAAUGAGCAAAUCGUUUACUAACAGUGACUCUGCUUUGCCUCUUUCUUAUACGAACUCUACUUUUGUUCCUCGAGCGCCUUCGCUUCCACCUUCCAACACUUCCAAACAUUCGACUGGUUCUGAUACUAAUACAGCUCCUCCAGAAGUCCCUAUUCGAACCACAUCUUCUCCCAAAAAAGUCACCACUCCUCCUCUAUUCAUCGGACGUAAAUGGGUAUUUGAGAAGUUUUCAAGAUGGCUUCAACUCUCUUCAGAUAGUACUCCAGCAUCCACCGAGGCCAUGUCAUGUUCUUUCAUUGUAAUGGGAGGACCUGGUGCGGGUAAAACUGCGCUAUUCAACCAGAUUGUGAGAAAAUAUUAUUCAGGUAUAUCUGGCCGACUUUUGGCUUAUCAUACAUGUUCAAAUCAAUUCGCUUCAACUAUUAAUUUUCCUCGCUUCAUCCUCUCCCUUCGAGACCAACUAAUUGCAAGACAGGAUUCUAUUGGCGAAUUUUACAGAGAGCGAAUUUCCGCUAAUGGGGGGCGUCUCAAUCGUCUGUUCACUUCUGCCCGAAUGUGUGCUUUUCCCGAUGAAGUUCUUUCUGAAGGUAUCUUUAAGGUUCUCGGGGAUUUAGAUCCUCGACAAUUAGGUGGUGAGCUAAAGCUCUUCUUUGCUAUUGACGCCGCUGAUGAAUGUUUGCGUUUUAAUCCCACUUCCGAAGUCCGAGCCCCUCCAUCAAUUUCCAGUAUUGGUUGUUCGCACAAAAGGCUUUCACAAGCUUCUUCCACAUCUGACCAUGCAAAUGAAUUUCAGAGUCUUAGUCUUCAUCAAUCCUCCGGUCGCAUUCGCCAGGGAUGGGUUAGUCGAAAUCUACUUGAACUCCUUGCCGUCAAUGCACUUUUUCUUCCUCCCUGGAUUGGUAUCUUUAUUACAUGUCGUCGUGAUUCCCAAACUAUUCUACGUCGUCUCUUCCGUUGUGCUAGCACUGCCUUUCUAGAUGAUACUAGAUGUCCUUCUGUUGUCAAAGAUCUUAAUGAUUAUACCCUUUCACGAGUUAAAAAUGACCCUCAAUUAAACAAUAUCUUCCCUCUAUGUGGAAAUGAUACCCUUCAAAUGUUGCAGUAUAAAAGCAAUGGCUCUAUACUCUAUCUUCAUAUUGCCUUAUCUGCAGUUAGUGAGGGUUGGUUAACUCCAGAAUAUAUUAAAACCAUCCCAGGAACUAUUAACGGCCUAUUUCUCUGGCUUAGUCAGCGUUUACUUAAUCCCAUCUCGAACGAUCCCUCGACUUCCUUUAUGACUGUCAUCAAGCCAGUACUGAACCUGGUUCUGACAACCCCUAGGCCCUUAACCAUAACAGAAGUAGAUGUUAUUUUGCAAGCAAACGGCUUCUCCCCAAAGAUUCUAGAGAACUGGAAACAGGUGCUUGUUCUACCCUUCUUCUUAACUCACGACUACCCAUUGUUUCUGAUGCAGCAACAACCCCGGCAAUGGAUAGAUCUACUUGAUUAUGCAGAUCUACAGCACGAGCGUGUUCUUGGUCUUGCCCAUACCAGCUUGCGGGAUUGGUAUCUUGAUGUCAAGUAUUCUACUCCAGUGUACCUAGCUUCAUCCAGGGACGGUCAUACUAUGCUUGCAGUGGCUGCUCUUAAUCAAAUCAAGCAAACUCCAAGUCUUUCACAUUCUUUCACCUGGGACAUACUUUACAAUUUCGCACGUUCAAAUCUUUACAAUUCAGCUGAGGCGAUUCAGAAGUUGACCUCCACUCUGAAGGACGUUGAAUUGGAUUUCACUGUGGAUACUCUUGCCAAUCUGGACUGUUGGAUGUUCCUGCACGACCCAAUACUUGUGCACUGCUCAUUUGCAGGAUCUUCCAUUAGUCAGUUAAUUGAAGACGCUCUAAAUUAUGAACAUAGAACUUUUGAGCCACAGUUAGGAUUACAAGGCUGCAAUGGAACGAAGAAUAGAGACAAGAGACCCAAACAGGUUCUCUUACGGACUGGAGCGGAUAAGGAGACUUCAAUCGGCCAGUUAUGCACGGCGGCGUUUCAAGGAAAACUAGAUGUUGUGAAAAGUAUUUUAGCCCAAGGGUCUGUGGAUACUGAAUCGCGGGACGCCGCUGGUUCAACACCGUUGGUUCUGGCUGCACGACAGGGGAAUCUGGAGAUUGUCAAAUGUCUUCUAGAUGCUCAUGCUCGAUUGGAUCAAAUUGACCAAGACGGUUGGUCAGCUCUACGAUCUGCGGCUUGGGGUGGACACUAUGGUAAGUUUUUGUAG